GCCAGUGGUUUCUUAUCCUUUGUACUUGCAUUUGGAAUCAAGGACCCGCUUACAAUACGCGCAGAAAUUCUGGGGCAUCAUACAGUCAGCGUAGUGCACGAAAAGCUCGACCUGGAUGGGUACUCGGACGUUCCAAGCGCCCGACAUAAGUCCUAUUCCGAUUCUCCAGUUCCAGUCAACAUGCCAUUAUGGAAGCUAAUUUGCCAGUGGCAAGUCUUGUCCGCAUCGGUUGUAACCCUGACCAUGGGCAUGCUCUUGGGGUCUUUGGAUAGCAUCCAACCAAUGCGAGCCAAGGACAAAUUUCACGCAUCCGCUUCAAAAAACGGACUCCUCUUUGUGACAAACGGUGUAAUUUCACUAGUCUUAUCUACCCCCGUAGGAUGCGCAGUCGACUGGCUAAUCGGCAGAUACGGCGAGAGAACGCGCAUGUGGAUAGUAUUGACGGGGCUCAUAUUGACUGGCAGCGCGGUUAUCGCGAUGGGAUUCAGCUCGUCGUUUGAUAUGAUAUUGGGAAUUCAAGCGUGGUUAAGCAUUUCGUUACUUCUGGUCAAUAUCCCGGUGAUGAGCAGUUUUGGCGACUUUGUCAAUGCACUGGGUCUUAACUCGAUGGCACAAAGUUAUUGUCUUUACAAUGCGGCCUGGGCUAUGGCAUUGAUGGGUGCACCGCCGUUGGCUACUUUUUUGUACACGCAGCUCGGAUACAAGGCCAUGUUAUCCGGUGUGCUGGUCGGGCUGAUUAUACUGUGCACUGUUCUGGUUCUUGGGGGAUCUAUUUGGCAAAAAUACCGCCUGCUAGCUCACAGAUCCACGAGUUGAAAUGUACACGCACCGUUCUU